AUGUUGGUAGUUGUCCAUCAUACCAUUCCAGUUGAAGUUGCUGGUAAUAUGGCUGAAACGGUGAAUUAUGUGCAGUUUGCUAACAGUGACAUGUACAGUCCUUAUGUCGCCCUAGACAAUGAUGAGAAUGAAAUGUGCUUCAUGGCACAUCUACCUGAUGAGGUCCCACUUUUGAGUCAUCCACAUCGGGCUGACAGUAUAUGGGAGGACCCGGACCAGGCACGCACCGUGGUGGCAUGCCGGCGGGGCGAUUCUGGCCUGUGGGAGCGUCCAUUGGACCAUAGAGUCUUGCAGUGUCUAUUACGCGCGGGAUUCUAUGGUGUCUAUCGUAUAGGCCAUAUCAGACUGGACCACCCACUCAUUACUGCUCUUGUCGAGAGGUGGCGCACAGAGACUCAUACAUUUCAUUUCCCGACCGGUGAGGCCACCGUCACAUUACAGGACGUAUCUGUCCUAUACGGUCUACGGAUUAAUGGGCGAGCAGUUACUGGACCUGACCCAUCAUUGAUGAGAGAGCAGUGGAUAGCCCUAUGUGCUGAGCUAUUGGGAGUAGCACCUACACCUGCAGACUUACAGGUAGGUAGAGUGAGAGUGAGGUGGCUGUCCGAGCAGUUUCAGGGCCAUCUUCCAGAUUAUGCUCCAGAUGAGUUAGUACAGCAACAUGCCCGAGCAUAUAUUCUAUGGCUUAUUGGGGGGGUACUUCUUCCUGAUAAGUCACAGAACCUGCUCAAGCUGAUGUACUUGCCACUAUUGACAGACAUUGACGUGAUCGGCCAGUACAGCUGGGGUACCGCAGCUUUGGCAUGCUUGUAUAGGAUGUUAUGUCGAGCAGCUCAGGUGGGUGCGAAUCAGAUCGGAGGACCCCUUGUCUUGCUACAGGUGGUUCGAGUUGGGAGGUCAUAUCACUUGGUUGAGGACGCCCUUUUCAGACGUAAUGGACAGCUUGGUCUGCAGGCCCUUGCAGAGAUCCGAGAGUUAUUGUACGAGGGGAUCCAGCAUGCACAUCGGGUAGAUCGUUUGCAUUUUGAGGACUACGGUGUACACAGUGCAGCAGCUGCUCCAGACACAUCAGUCCCGUCCACGUCAGUGCCUCCCACUUCAGCGCCAGCCACAGCAGGUCCUUAG